ACAGUGCCUAUCUCUUUCUCGGUCGCUCGCUUGUUGUCUGGAUGUUAUCGCAUGUAGCUUUAUGGACUUUUAACAUCCUCUUAAUUAACAUUCCGAAGACCUCACUGAAACAAGAACGUUUAUUCACCGAAGAAAGUCGGCAGCCUUUCGUGAACUCCACCGGCAGAGGAAAACAAUUUCCUUCGUAGGACUGGUCUGCAAUUCCUCUAGUCAUGACUACGCUGGGAACCAGUGGGACGUCAUCUACUGAGUACACUGUCCGAGUCCCCAAGAAUACCAAUAAGAAAUACAACAUCAUGGCCUUCAAUGUUGGGGACAAAGUUAACUUUUCCAGUUGGACGCAGGCAAAAAUGGAACGUGAUCUGAGUAACAAAAAGAUGUAUCAGGAGGAAGAAAUGCCAGAUUCUGGAGCAGGAAGUGAGUUUGGAAAGAAGCAAAGGGAAGAGUCCCGGCGGAAAAAGUAUGGCAUAAUAACACGAGAGUUUCGAGCAGAAGACCAACCGUGGCUGCUGCGCGUCAAUGGUAAAGCUGGUCGCAAAUUUAAAGGUCAGAAAAAGGGAGGCAUAACAGAAAAUGCCUCCUACUACAUCUUUACACAGUGUCCAGAUGGAGCAUUCGAGGCCUUCCCAGUUAAUGCCUGGUACAACUUUAUUCCAAUCGCCAAACACAGGACGCUAACUGCAGAAGAGGCAGAGGAAGAAUGGGGCAGGAGGAAUAAGGUGGUGAACCAUUUCAGCAUUAUGUUGCAGCGGCGUCUUAGGGACCACGACAGAGAUGACGGAGAUGAGGAUGAAGAAGAAAAGAAAGGGGGGAAGAAAAAAAAGAAGAAGAAAGGCUCAGAACUGAAAAUUCAUGACCUGGAAGAUGAUCUGGAGAUGAGCAGCGAUGAGAGUGAUGAUAGUGAGGCUGAAGGUGGACAGAAGGAGCCCAAGAAAAAGAAGGUCGUAAACAAGAAAAAGAAAAAAAAAGGUUCAGACAGCGAAGCUAUAGAGGACAGUGAUGAUGGCGAUUUUGAGGGAUUAGAGGUUGACUACAUGUCCGAUGAAAGCAGCUCUGAAGAAGACGAGCCAACAACUACAAAAACAAAUGAUGUUCCCAAAGGAAUUGAUGAAGCAUCGGAAAGCAGUGAGGAGAGCGAAGAAGAGAAACAGAAUGAAGAGGAUAAAAAGGAAGAAGAAGAAGAUGGAAAAAAAACUCCCGUGCAGCAGGAGAAAAAGAAAAAGAAAGACAGCAGCGAUGAGUCAGACUCUUCCGAGGAGAGCGAUAUUGACGGAGAGGCAUCGUCUGCGCUUUUCAUGACGAAAAAGCGGACUCCGCCUAAGAAGCCCAGCGGCAAGGGUUCAGCAGGAAGCUCGCGGACGAGUAGCCGCCCCGGCACACCUUCCAUAGAAUCUGGAAACACGUCUUCCACCCUGAGAGCUGCAGCCACCAAGUUAGAGCAAGGAAAACGUCAGGGACAGAGCAACUCUGAUACACCUGCCGCCAAGAGGCUGAAAAUGGACGCAAACCCACAGAGCCCUUCAGGAAAAUCCACCCCUCAGCCGCAGUCUGGGAAAUCCACCCCUAGCAGCAGUGACAUCCAGCUCACAGAAGAUGCUGUCCGCAGGUAUCUAAUCCGAAAGCCAAUGACCACUAAGGACCUACUGAAGAAAUUUCAGACGAAACGCACGGGGCUGAGCAGUGAGCAGACUGUCAACGUUUUGGCCCAGAUUCUGAAAAGGCUCAACCCUGAGCGUAAGAGCAUAAACGACAAGAUGCACUUUUUCCUAAAGGAGUAAACCAUGUAAGAUAAAAAUAAACGUGGGGGGUUACACUUGACCGCAUCCUUAUAAGGUGGCCUGCCAUUUAAAAGUUCUAUUUUCAGUAAGAAACACAGUAGCAGGUCAGGGACAGGAGUUUUCUUUGGGUAUUUUGUUUUUUCCUACUCAAAUAAUCUGCCAGAGAUUGUGAGGCGAUUUGUUAUAAGGUCAUUUUUUUUUAUUAUUAAAAACUGCUUUAUAUCAUUUUGAAUAA